CAAAGAGUAUCAUAGGCAGAGGGUUUUGCUUUGCUCCCAUGUCUCUCGCUCUCUCAGCAUCUUUCCAUUUAUCAGAUGCAGCUGUGGGUCUAAUGUUUAUGACUUCUCUGGCCAAUGCUAUUUUGAUGGGUAUAACUGGUAGAUUUGCGCUUCUUUCCUGGGUUUACUGGUUGUGAUCCCAUUGAUGCUUAUUUCUCAUUUGCUCGGAUCGUGUCCGAAGACCAAGAUAUAUGUAGUUUGGCCAUAUAUAUAUCUCACUUCUCAGUAAUUCGUGGUAUUGUGGUUUAAUUUUUGGAUUUCACUGAGUUUUGGCCCGUGGGUUCUUUUUCUUUUUUCGGAUUUUACCAAAAUGGGAUUUUAAUUCUCAUUCUCGUUAACUGGGGCUACUUUUAGUAGCGUUUGAAGCCUACUAAAAUUACGCCAGCCUUCAAAAAAAUUUAGUAGCGUUUGAAGGAAAGAGAAAAAUUUGUAGGUUUUCGGUUUUGAUAUACCAUUUUGAGUUUGAUGGGGUUAAGAUUUUGAGGGAGGGGUUUUUUUCGGGCGGGAGCUUAGUUGUUUUAGGAUGCAUCCUGUUGUGCUUGUUGGGGACAUCGAUUGUCUACUUGAUUAGGGGUUUUUUAAUUAGGGAGGGCACGGCAGAAUUGUGUAAAGGGUAAGGAUGGAAGCGGAGAUAUCUGUUGUGGGGUGUCAGGAAAAAAAUAGUGACGACUCCAUGUUUGUGGAAAUGGAAACUGAAGAAAAUGGAAUUGAUAGUCCAAGGAAUGGCUCAGAGCAAGGCGAGGGAAGUGAUGUGGUAUUCUCUAGAGAAGGAUCUCUUGUGAGGAAAGAGUUGAUAUUAUCCGGUGGUUGUUGUUGCAAAAUCAAGAAGCUCAAAUCCAGGAUUAUUACAACAGAUUCCGAGGUUGGAAAGAAAGAGAAACUUGGGCAUGAGAAGAAGCUCAGUAGACAAGACAGGAUUGAGUUGGGUCGGUUGUUUCAAGGUGCCGCGAGUUCUCACGAUUGGGAGCUUGCAGAGAGUUUGAUUUUGUUGGCAGAUCCACAGACCCUUAAUGAUGCUUUGUGCAUAACAUUGGACUCCAUCUGGUUCCUGAGCACACAGCAAGAGCUUCAUGGGAUUACGGGAUUGAUUAAGAAGAUCAUUGCCAAUGGUGCUUAUGACUUUACUAGAGCUGCUUUGAGGACUUCAUUUCUAGCUUCGUGCGUCUCCGCAUGCCAGAGUCGAACAAUGAGUCUUGCUGAUACGGUCGCUGUAAUGGCUCAGAGGUUGCAUGAGCGUCUUCAGGAGUGUAAUGGGGAUGAGGUCUUGAAGGCAGAAGCUAGUGCUAAGGUUCAAAAGUUUACUGAAUGGGCUCUAAAAUGUAUAGGCUUCCAUUCUCGUUGCCAGGGCAAUAAGGAUAGGGUGAGUCACAGCUCAGUUUUUGAGAUCCAACUCCAGUUAUCUGCUUUCAAGACAUUUUUAGAUCUUGCUGGCAACCAACUUACUGGAAAGGACUUUACGGAGGCCUUUGAUGCGGCCUGCUUCCCCCUCACUCUCUUCUCUAGCUCGUUUGAUCCUGGUUGGGCAACUGGGAUAUCAGCAACUGCAAUCCAAGGAUUGUUGGGUAUGUUGGUAGAGGGUGGUGCUGACAAUGUCAAUCAGUGUUUCCUUGAAGCCUCACGUUUUGGGAGUACAGAACUUGUGCGCAUCUUAUUGCAGAUUGCCCAAAGAAACAGCUUGGAUGUUGAUGUUGACCUUGCUUUGGGCUUCGCUUCCCACUACUGCAAGAUCGGCACUAUGGAAUGUCUGGUGGAAGAGGGUAAUGCCAUUGCUUUUUUGGGCCCUUUGAUGAGAGCUGCUGAGAGAGGUUGUAUGCAGGUUGUGGAGUGGUUUGUGAAAAGGGGUUGCCGAGACAUGGAGCUUUGCCUUGCCCUCACAGCUGCCACUUCAAGCAGUCAAGUAGGUGUCGCUGCCUAUCUUCUUCCAUGUGUUCCUCAGAAUGUCCUUGCUACACUCAGCAUUGAGAUUCUCAAGGCUGCUGGUGAACGGAGUGGUGGGUCCCUUGAUGGUGUAGGAUUUCUUCUCUGUUCGGACUUCUUGGGCGAUCCAGCAGCUACUUAUGCUGUUGCGGACAGUAUUGCUAGGUCUGAUGAUGAGGCUGUAGCCCCUGAGCUAAGGUCUUUUCUUCGAGAGUAUUGGUCAGAGGCAGCUUUCUUGGAUGGACAAAGGCAAGGACAAGAACAUUACAUGAACCUUGUGAGGAUUUUGAAGUGGGGUGGAUCUCCUAUUUGCUUGAGAGAUCUUCCGGGUCCUCUGAAGGUGGCAAUUGCUUACCUGCCGCUGUAUAGGGAAUGUAUGAAGGCAGGUGGUUGUUUGAUGUCUCAAAGGCUAAGAGGCCAGCUUGUUGAAGCAGUGAGGAGGCUUGGUGGUGGGGUCUUUCAAGAGGUGAACCAGGGCAGAGAACUCCUAGCUGUUUUGGAGCAUCAUCUUCCUCCAUUUUUGGUUCAUACGUCCUGGCUUACCUAGCAAGAUUUUUCACCUGCUGAUCUUUCAGAUUUUUGCUUCUCCUUCUUGUUUCCAGCCUAUAUGUGCCAUAGAUAGUAAUAAUAUGCUUUAGCUGGAGGUCAGGUGACGUGGCAAUCAAGGUUUGGCAAUUUUCUUUCCAUCAUAUGUGGUCGCCUUAUAUUUUAGGUCUCCCUGCACACUUUAUAUAUAUAUAAGCAUUAUAGCAUCUUUAUAUCGCAUGUGCAAGUUGAUCUGUCUUGUAAUGUAAUACACAGUGCAACUAUCUAUUGUCAAAAGAGGUUGGAAUAUGAUGGUUGUGUAUAUUGGCUGGC